GCUCAGCAAGCUGAAGAUGAGCGAGGCCAUUUUCUCGAUGGACAGCAACGAGCAGCUGCUAAAGUUUACGCCCGUGGUGGAGAAACAUGCACUGUUGGAUGAGCAUAAAGAGGAUAUUGAGUCACUGGCCCGCGCCGAUCGCUUCCUUUACGAAAUAUCAAAGAUUCCCCACUACGAGUAAAGGCUGAAGAGUCUCCACUACAGGAAGCGCUUUAUGCCGACGGUCAACGAUCUUAUACACCGCAUCGCCAGUGUAAUAGAGGCGUACCGCGUAGUGGCUAGUUCCCGACGUCUGCGAAAGCUCCUUGAGCUGAUUCUGGCUAUGGACAACUACAUGAACCGCAGGGCGCGUGGCC